UUUGGUAAUAGGGAGAGACGAAAUAGACGUUCAAUUAACUGGGUCCGACAUCUCUUCCGCUAGCUCGCUCGCUCUGAUGGCGGCCGUAGUAUUAUCACACUUUGUACAGAAUCUGAAAUCACAUCACAAUUCAGUUGCUAACAACAACAACAACAACAACACCGUAUGUUCCAUCACACCGGCAAAGGCACGUCCAAUUUCCAAUCGAAGCAGCAGCAGCAGCCUCGUCGUCUAUUCAAGCUCUGCUGACAAGCACUUUGAUGAUAGACCUAGUUUCCCUCUCAUCGAUCCAUCUCCCCCCCCUCUAACUAGACCCAAGGUGAGACGGCAUACUAUCUCGGUAUUUGUGGGUGAUGAAAGUGGAAUGAUAAAUCGGAUUGCAGGAGUCUUUGCAAGGAGAGGAUAUAACAUCGAGUCCCUAGCUGUUGGUUUGAACAAGGACAAGGCCCUGUUCACUAUUGUUGUCUCUGGAACUGAAACUGUCUUGCACCAAGUAAUCAAACAGCUGCAAAAGCUUGUCAAUGUUUGGAAGGUUGAAGAUAUUUCAAACGAGCCACAUGUGGAACGUGAAUUGAUGCUCAUAAAGAUCAAUGCUGAUCCCAAGUUCCGAGCUGAGGUGAUGUGGCUUGUCGACAUAUUUAGAGGGAAAAUUGUAGAUAUCUCAGAGCAUUCAUUAACCAUUGAGGUGACUGGAGAUCCUGGUAAGAUGGUUGCUGUUCAGAGGAACUUGAGUAAAUUUGGGAUUAGAGAAAUUGCAAGAACGGGAAAGAUUGGCUUGAGAAGAGAGAGGAUGGGUGAGUCUGCUCCAUUUUGGCGAUUCUCAGCUGCUUCAUAUCCUGACCUAGAGGCAACAAACCCAGAUGAGAACUUUAUGGCCAUUAAAAACAGUUCAGUCAAUGUGGAAUCAGAUACAUCAGUUGGGGGUGAUGUUUAUCCUGUGGAACCGGCUGAAGGUUUCUUGUUUAAUAAAGUUCUUGAUGCUCACUGGGGAGUGCUCAAUGAUGAAGAUACAACUGGUCUCCGUUCUCACACUUUAUCCAUGCUUGUGAACGAUGCUCCUGGAGUGCUCAAUAUCGUAACUGGUGUUUUUGCUAGAAGGGGUUAUAACAUUCAGAGUUUAGCGGUUGGUCAUGCAGAAACUGAGGGGAUUUCUCGCAUCACAACAGUUGUUCCUGGUACAGACGAGUCGAUUGGAAAGUUAGUGCAACAACUUAACAAGUUGGUAGACCUUCAUGAGGUUCACGAUAUUACACAUUUGCCCUUUGCUGAGCGGGAGCUGAUGCUUAUAAAGACUGCUGCAAAUGCUGCUGCGAGGCGCAGCGUUCUUGACAUUGCUAGCAUUUUUAGAGCCAAAGCUGUUGAUGUUUCCGACCAUACAAUAACACUCGAGCUUACUGGUGAUUUGCACAAGAUGGUAGCUUUACAGAGAUUGCUGGAGCCAUAUGGCAUUUGCGAGGUGGCGCGUACUGGACGCGUGGCUCUUGUACGUGAAUCAGGAGUUGAUUCCAAAUACCUGCGAGGCUACUCUUUCCCAUUGUGAGAUUGAAAAAUAUAGCUAAUUAAUUGUUGGUCGGUCUAUGUUGAUGAAAAGCCAGCAGCUUGUUCAGGGUCAUGAAGAAGGGUAUAAUAGACCUAGCUCAAUUAGAAGAGACUGACUUCUCAAUAAUAUAAAUAAAUGGUCAUAGUGUUUUCUUUCUCAGAUAGAUAGUGUGACUUGAAGUUUACACUUGAAUUUAACUGUCAUCAUUAAUAUAAUUUAUAUAAAAAGAAUUUAACGUUCAACCC